AUGGCCAGCACAUCAUCAAAGUCUCAGGCCGUUAGCUCUGCAUAUUAUGAAAGAACGCGCCAGCAACCCGAGAACCCUUUCGCAUCCCUCAUACCCGACCAAACCAUCGCUAUCAUCCCAUCAUUUACCCUCGAAUCCGGUGUCACCUUGCACAACGUUCCACUGGCGUACAGCACAAGAGGAAAGCUCUCUCCAACUGGUGACAAUGCUAUGGUGAUAUGUCAUGCCUUGACCGGCAGUGCAGACGUUAGUGACUGGUGGGGCCCUUUGCUGGGCGGGCCUGGCCGAGCAUUCGAUAUCUCCAGGUUCUUCGUCAUUUGCAUGAACAGUCUAGGGAGUCCAUAUGGGAGUGCAAGUCCCGUCACUUGCAAAGAUGGGAACCCCGAGAGUGAGAGAUACGGCCCCGAGUUCCCGCUGACAACGAUAAGAGAUGAUGUCAAUCUUCACAAAUUACUUCUCGAUGAGCUGGGAAUAAAGCAGGUCGCGGUGGUCAUAGGCGGUUCUAUGGGCGGAAUGCUGGUUCUAGAAUGGGCAUACUUUGGAAAGGACUACGUCAGAUCAAUUGUUCCAAUUGCAACCUCGAGUCGACAUAGCGCUUGGGGAAUCAGCUGGGGCGAGGCACAGAGACAGAGUAUAUACGCGGAUCCAAAGUACGACGAUGGAUAUUACCCCUUUUCGGACCCACCUUCAGCAGGACUAGGGGCAGCACGAAUGUCUGCGCUGCUAACAUACCGAAGUCGAAACUCCUUCGAGGCCAGAUUCGGUAGAAAUACCCCUGAUGCAUCAAAGAAGCAAACCAUCAGUGAGGAUCAACGGCCCUCAACCCCUGGAGAGGUACAUGUGGCAAUACACAAUGAUGGACAUCGAUCAACGCGCUCGCCACGUUCCCCAUCAUCACGAUCUGGAAGCUCAACGGCAAUUUCCCGCAAGGCAGAGACAGAUGGUGCUGAUGCAUCCAACUUCAUGGACCCACAAUUCCACGGUGCAAAAUCUGCUAGGCCAGAAGCAUCGACAGAGUCGAAAAGAACAACAUCUACUUAUUUCUCCGCACAAUCAUAUCUUCGCUACCAAGGCGAGAAGUUUGUUAAGCGAUUUGAUGGUAAUUGCUACAUCGCCAUCACUCGAAAAUUAGAUACCCAUGAUGUCUCAAGAUACAGAGUAUCUGCCGAUUCUCAAACACCCAUCGCCGAUGCACUAGCUCAGAUUCAACAGCCCACGUUAGUCCUUGGGAUUGAAAGUGACGGCCUAUUUACAUUCGACGAGCAGAAAGAGAUUGCAGCGUCUAUCCCCAAUGCGCGAUUACGAAAGAUUGAUUCUCCCGAGGGGCACGAUGCGUUCUUACUGCAAUUUGAGCAAGUCAACAAGCACAUUCUCGAAUUCUUGGGUGACGUACUACCAGAUAUCAUGGCGGUACCUGGAAGAGAGGAUGUCGAGGCCGAGGAGGGAGUAGGAGCUGUAACGAAGAGUAGUACGUUUGGAGAGGCUGAGGUAGAUGAUAUUACAGCGUGGUAG